CUUUUACUUCCUGACUCCAGCAGCAUAGUUGUCAUUGUUAUACAAGAGCCUGUUUUUCUUCAAUGAAUCUUUACUACACCCUUUUCUAAAGACUUCAGUAUUUAAAACCAGCAGACAAUCGAUAAACAUAAAACAAGUACUGAGCUUCUGUCCAAGCAGCACAGAGUAACUGACAUCUUGUAUUUUAAGCAGAAGGAGGUUAAAGAGACACUGGUCUAACUCAUGGAUUAUGGGGUGAUCAUCAUUGUGCUCACAGGAGCACUGGUCAAUGUUGCCUCUGCCCAAACUCGUCAGUACUACUUUGAGAGUACACCACUGAACUGGACUGAAGCUCAGAGCUUCUGCAGACAGGUCUACACUGACCUGGCCACCGUAGAAACCAUAUCUGACGUCAGUACCGUACUCAGCACCACACCAAGAUACACAGGCAAAGCUUGGAUAGGCCUCUAUGAUCACAGCUGGAAAUGGUCCCUGAGUAACAGCAGCUUCUAUGGUGAAGCAGAUACUGGGUUUAGAAACUGGGCUCCUGGACAUCCCGUCAGUCCUAAUGGUCAACACAACUGUGUGCUGCUUCUAAACAAUUACUAUUUCUCUUACUAUUACAACUACCAUAACUUCCUUGGAACAUGGAUGGACAUGAAUUGCAACAACCAAUACUUCUCUGUUUGCUACAACGGUUCAGUAAAUGGCGCUUCAUCCUUUGUAAAAGUCAACAAAUAUUUGAAUUGGACUGAUGCUCAGAGAUACUGCAGGGAGAAUUAUGUCGAUCUAGCCAGUAUACAAAAUCAGGCAGAAAAUGACGUCAUCACAAAGCUGGCAGCUAGUGACUUUGUGUGGAUCGGUCUGCACUGGGAACAAGUAUGGUCUGAUGGGAGCACCUCUCUAUUUCAAAACUGGGACGGUGGGCAACCAGACUGUACAGGGCAGUGUGUCACCACAGUGUUCAGUGACAUAGGACGCUGGUCAGAAGACAGCUGCUCCCUCACUUUCCCGUUCAUCUGUUACUCAACAAGUGUCCAGGGUGUACCCUGCCUUGCGCCCGAUGUCAGCUGGGAUUGGCCCCUGCGACCCUGUACGCAGGAUAAGUGGUUGAUGAUGGAUGGAUGGUACAUGUCCUAUGAAAUGAACGCUGAGAUGUGGUUAGGUGUAAGAUGUGACACAACAUUCUUACCUUAAAUAAUUGUUUCUCUCAUAGCCACCAUUAGGUUUUCUUAACAAAAGUCUUAGUGGAUCAACCUUAACAGGAGCAUGAAUAAAUAUUCAGGUAAAGUUUUGGUUGAU